AUGCGACGUAGUCGACCACGUUUUCCACCUUGGCGUCAAAAUCGACCACCUUAUCAACAUUCGUAUCGACCUCCAUUUUCUCAACAUCAGUUUCAACAGAAUCAAUCAAGUGAUGUCUUUGAUUUCUUAAAUUUACCUGAAGCAUUUCCAUCGAUAAAACAACUCUUCGAUGAUCCAAUAUUAACUGCAAUUAUUAUGGAACGUAUUCAACAAAUAACACCAGCUGCAGCUGAUAGCUUUGCUUUAAUGAAUUUUGGUUCAGUUAUUCGACAAAAACUUGAUAUACUUGUUCUUUCACCAAGUUCAUUUACUGCUUGUCAAGUAAGUGAAGUUCGUGAUGUUGGUUCAUAUAAACAUAAUACAAUAAUCAAUCCACCAAUUGGUUCUCAAAUACCUCUUACAUCUGAUCUUGUUGUAGUUCUUAAAACACUUCCAACAAGAGAAGCAAUAGAUCAAUUAGGCAAUCGUUUAAAACAAGAUCUUCAAAAUGAAAUCGAAUUACUUUCAAUUCGUUCUACUGAUUAUGGUCUUUCACUUGAAAAUGGUAACAUGGCUGUACAUGUUUUGUUAACAACAUUACCAACAAAUUGGCAAUCACUUGAUUCAUCAUUGCAUUUAGAUCGAACAAUAUGUAAACAAAAUUUUUAUGCAAUAAAACAUGCAAAAUGGGUUGAUGAAGUUUGUAUUCAUCCAUCAAAUAAACUUCUUGUUCGUUUAUUAAAAGAUUUACGACAACGUUUCAAUGGUCUUGAACCACUUAAUCCAUGGUUAAUUAAUUUACUUGCUCAUCAUUGUGUAACAAAUAAUAAUAAUUCAACAGAACAAUUACCUCCUAGUUAUGCUUUUAAACGAGCAUUACAACUUUUAUCAAGUGGUCUAUUUUUACCUGGUUCAAAUGGUUUAUAUGAUCCAAUUAAUGAUACAUAUACAAAUUUAUCUCGACCAAAACCAAUAAUGACGUUGGAAGAACAAGAUCGUUUGUGUUAUACAAGUCAAACAUUAUUACGAGCACUAGCAAUACAUCCUAAAUAUGUUCUUGGUACUGAAAAUGGACCAGAUAUAUUUGCUGGACCUUGUGAAUUAAAUGGUGUUAUGUUUAUUGCUAAUGAACCAAUUGUAUUUAAAGAUCAAUCAAAUGGUCAUGCAAUAGAUGAUACUCAACAACAAGCAAUGUUUGCUGAAGUUAAUAGUUAA